CGGGCGAUUAGUUGGCGCUGCAGCGGCGGGGGCCAGCGCAGACUGGAGCGGCCGCCGGCGAUGCCUGACGUGGUGUGAGGAGCCGCAGCGGCGCGAUGGAGCGGGCCAGGGACCGCUUACACUUGAGAAGGACCACGGAACAGCACGUACCCGAGGUGGAAGUCCAGGUCAAACGCCGGAGGACGGCCUCCCUGAGCAACCAAGAGUGUCAGCUGUACCCCCGGCGCUCCCAGCAGCAGCAAGCACCUGUGGUGGACUUCCAGGCGGAACUGAGGCAGGCUUUCCUAGCUGAGACACCCCGAGGUGGUUAAAGCAGCCUUGGGACAUCCCAGGUAGCUGAU